UGAAAUUCAAAGCAAGCAACGAGUGAAGAGCUCAACGAGUGGUUUGGUGAUUACAAGUGUUUGGAAGCGAUUGUGAAGUGAUUUUUUACAAGCAAUAGGUAGUAAAGGUUCGAAAAUGAAGAACAUCAACGAAUUGUCGUUUUUCUUCAUCCUGGCGAUUUUCGUCAGUAUGUGCACUUCGACACUCGCCGAAGGAAAGUGUCCAUCAGAAACUGAAAAACGGGUAGAAAAUAAGUACAGCAAUCCGCACAAACAUCUGCUGGACCAGGCAUUUGGGAUGGCGUUAACUCCUGACGACUUCUUGACUCCAUUCAUGUCACCUUUCUCGUCACUGUCGCCCUUCGGAUUCCGCGACUACUUCAGACCUUGGAGAUACCUCUCUGCAUUAAAUAAGGACGUGGGUUCCUCCAUUAAAACCGAUAAAAAUCAGUUCCAGAUCAAUUUGGAUGUCCAGCAUUUUGCUCCUGAAGAAAUAACUGUGAAAACAGCUGAUGGCUAUAUUGUUGUUGAAGCAAAACACGAAGAAAAACAGGACGAUCAUGGUUUCAUUUCCCGACAGUUCGUAAGACGGUAUGCGUUACCAGAAGGUGUUGAACCUGAGAAGGUGGUAUCGCAGCUCUCGAGUGACGGAGUAUUAACGGUCAUUGCCCCGAGAAAACAGGUGGAAGUUCCAGGAGAACGAGUGGUGCCCAUCACUAGAACUGGACCAGUCAAGACUGAAUCUAAAGAAUCGCAAGAAACUUGUGAUAGUGAAACAUGCAUCUCAAAUCAGUAAUAUAAAUAACCUUAAGUUUCCAGUCAUUUAUUAGUUAAGUCGUCCCAACCAAAAAAGACUGAUUGUUUCAUUCCA